AUGUCCACGGACCCGAAGACAGAUACCAAGAAGAGGAAGCGCCCAGUGCAAGACAACAUGAAUAAAGAUUCCCCAAGACAAACGAAGAAGUCCAAGAAAGCUCUCGCAAAUGGAACAUGGGCGGGUAAAGCCUCUACACCUAAGCAAGACGGUACCCAUUUGAAGGCGGAAGUGGCAACACCUGUUUUAAAUGGGCAGGUGAAUGUAGGAGGAAACCCUCAGAAGAUUGCGAAGAAGCACAAGACACCUGGGCCGAAUGGGGUAACAGAAACGAAGGCUGAAGAACCCGACUAUUAUAACACGCGCGAUAAUUCAAUACAAGAUCCAUGGAUUGACACAGACGAUGUUUCGAAAAGAGCUUUACAGAUGAAGACAACACAGCGAAGAGCGAGUGGCCAAUGGGCUUCUGGGGAAAAUGUUGUCGCACGAACAGACACUUUGCAAAGCCAGACAAUUGCUCCAAGAGAAAGCUGGAAACUGUCCAAAUCAAUAGGAGGACGAUUCCUUGACCGUCCUCCAAUAUUCUCAGCUGAUGAAAAGUAUUUGAUUCUAGCGAACGCGCGCGAGGUUCAUGUCUACGAGACUUCAACUUCACUCCUUACAAGGAGAAUCCAAGUCUCCGGUACAAAAUCGAUUUCUUCAUUGGUGCUAUCACAGCUGAAUCCAGAGAACCUAUACGUCGCCACGCUUGCAGGCCAUAUAUCUCUAUGGCAUUGGCCGUCCGGCACCAUUGUUCAAGAAAUACACCGCGAGUACUCCAUCAUAAAUCUCUCGAUAUCCAGCGGUAAUGCUUCCGGUGGCGAGACUAUAUACACUGUUGAAGAUCCAAAACAGGCAAAGUCUGACUACGAAAUCUCUGCUCACAGGUUAAGCGACCGUAACGAUGUCUCAUCUACUAUGGUACGGACAACGCCAAAAGUACCUAACAUGGUCAAAGCACUUUCAGGCGGUAAUGUUCUUUUCGUAAGCUUUGGAAAUGUGUUUAGUGUGGGAGAAAUAGAGAAAGGAACUUCUAAAGGCGUUCCAUCAACGUACACGUGGAGGGAAAUAGAGACACCCUCGAACAUAACAUGCUUUGACGUUUUUGCCAGCUCGUUGAGCUCAUUAGACCAAGGAAGUUCAAACAUGGCGCAAUCCCAGGCGCAGAUUGAUGUAGCCUUUGGUCUUGAGGAUGGAAGAAUCUUCGUACAUGAGGACUUACCGUCAAAGUUAGCUGCUUUCGAUACUCACAGGAACAAGAAUCGAGUGGAGCCUCGUAUUCUUCAUUGGCACAGAAGAGCCGUCGGUUCCUUAACUUGGUCUGCAGACGGUCUGUACCUUAUCUCCGGAGGUCAAGAAACAGUUCUUUGUCUUUGGAACGUUGACAAUGCGAAAAGGAGCGAGCUACCGCAUCUCGUCGCGCCUAUACAGCAGAUUGUUAUCUCCCCUAGAAGUUCUAGCUACGCCAUCUCCCUAGGAGACAAUUCGGUCAUUGUGCUCUCGACUGCUGACCUAAAGGCGACCACAAACAUCGCCGGUCUUCAGGCCCAGUUUGCCCGGUCAGACGCACGAUCGGGCGGCAAGCCAUUCCUACUCGAUCCAAGUAAGCCCAAUCAAGCGCUAUUUGCUGUUCCUGCUUCAAUGAACACAUCAUCGUGUCCAUAUAUCCAGAGAUUCGACAUAUCAACAGGCCGCCAUAUCAUGAGGCAAGCUGUCGCCCGGAGUAAUGCAACGUCAUCAAUGGACACACCAGGUGCAAAGCUUGUGGAGGAACCCAAUGUGACCCUAAUGCAACUCAGCUGUGAUGGCAUGUUCAUGGCGACUCUGGAAGAGUGGGCGCCUCCAGUGGACGACUUGAAGCACGUAGUGAAUGGCACAACCAAGAAUGAGGAGAGAGAUGCUCGCAGAGAGAUUCACCUCAAGUUCUGGAGAGUAGACGAGUCAAGCGGCUCUUGGAGGCUCAUCACGAGAAUCGAAGCGCCGCAUAUUCUCGAAGACGGGUAUACAUCCGGGGAAGUGUUUGCUAUGGUUUCAAAUCCCCAAGAAGUCGGCUUUGCUACGCUUGGAGAAGACGGGAAUGUCAAGAUCUGGACACCGAAAAGGAAGAACCAGGAUGGUAGUCUGGUACGCAGCGCUUCGGGUGAGGCUGUAUUUUGGUCCUCAAGAUAUUCAGUCGCGCUGGAACGGAAUGUUCAUCAGCUUGAAGAUUACGCGAAAGCUGGUCGUGAAGCCAGCAAUGCAUCCCUAGCAUAUUCAUCAGAUGGUUCACUCCUUGCUGCGACCUUGGACGUACCUAACGGACCCUGCAACGGCCUUGUUCACAUGAUCAGCGCUGAGACAGGCAGAAAUACGACGUCUCUCCCGGGUUUAUAUGCACAAGAUCUGAUAUCUAUCGGCAUACUUCAGCGCUACUUGGUUGUCCUGUCCGAGUCGCUCACUGUUUGGGAUAUGGUGAAUGAUGAGCUUGUAUUCUCUCGUGGUCAAGACAUAAACCUGAAGAAACACUUUGCCACGAAUCCUAUCGAUAUGACGUUCGCAGUAUCAUACUCAGGCGUUGACUGGGAUUUAGGAAGGGAUAUCAGCAGAGUUUCGAUAUUCGCGGUCAACAAUUGCGAGCCACUCGACUCGGUGGAGGUUCCCAACAUGCCCAUCUCCUUACAGGCUACGCCUGGAUCCAACGGUUAUGCUCUGCUGGACCACAAGGCUGAGAUACGCAUUAUCAGCGCCGCAUCUGCCACAAGCAUAACGGUUUAUGACGAGCUGGCAGCGAUGCCUGAGGCGGGAAGUGGAGAGGUCGAUGCUGCAGAGAUUGAAGACGAAGAGGACGAAGAGAUGGUGGAGGAAGACGAACUUGAAAAUGCGGGGGAUAAUGAUCUAGAUGAGCUGGAGGAUGAGGAGAAUGACAAGCCGAUAGUUCGCCAGCAGCAGUUGGCAGACAUUUUUGACGUCGGCCCAUCAUACGCGCUUCCUCCGGUCAAAGAUAUGUUCAAGGCUAUCACGAGUCUGUAUGCUAGGAAGCCUACCGCGCAAGCUUUGUCGUAG